GAGGCAGAGUGAGCGGGGCUGCCCUCAAUGGAUUGACAGAAGAGGGAUUUACAUUUUAAAACGGCACGUCGUGCUCCGUAAAAGACAACACGGUGCACGGCGAUUGCGGCGGGCCUGUGCACGGUGCUGCUCCCGUGAUGUCCACAUAUCACCGUCGUGAAAACGGAUCGAACUUGCCAGCGGUCUAUAUUUGCCGACGAGGUCUGGCUGCGUCGCUGGAGUAUUAUUAGACAGUGCAUCUGUCUCUUUUCUGGUCAUGUAUUGCUAUUUCACAAAAAGUCCAGCAUCAUACAUUUGUAAACUCAAGAAAUAAAAAGGCAUAAAAGUGGAGGAAUUUUUGAAGAAGUUGUGUGCUAAGUGACAGAUAAACAUUCACCUAGCUCCCAUGCUGGCAGCCAGAAAUCCUCCUUUGCACACCCUCAGCCAUGCCUGCUUCGACCAAACGCACCAGGAGACAGGCACCUGCUACGAGACAGAAUGGACGCAAAGUUAUCAGCACCAAGAGGAAAACCUGUAACUCCAAUAAAGCUAAAACUCGGACCAGCGAAAGGCUCCAGAAGACACUGUCUGAACCAAAAAGGUCAGCUACCAGAUCCCGGACACAGUCCGGCCAAAGCCCUCGAGGGAGAGGAGUUAGUGUACCUGCUGGUCAGGGCGCCGGGAGAGCUCCUGGCAGAGUUACCCAUGCCCUAAAUGCAACCAGAUCUGCAAGGCUUAGACGGCAACGCAAUGUGCCUGACCAAUGUGUAGAGUUAGAACACCCCCUAGGGCGAAGGAGGUCCCUACGUGGCACGCGGGCGGCUGCUGUUCCCUGGCAGCCUCAGAAGUUAUGCGGAGGAGGGCGAAGCAGCAGAGCAAAUGCAGGUGUGAAAACAACAGCACGCCCAGGAAACAGAAAAAAACAGCCUUCCAACACCGCUGACUUGAUGCAUAAUGAGGAAAAUGAGAAAGUAGACACCUGCAACAGGGAGGGAAUCCCUCCGGUUACUCUUAAAACUGAUGUUGACGUCCCUCCUUAUGUGAAAGAUCAGGUUCAAGACAUUAGUGAUGCAAAUGAGGGCAGCUCAUGCAACAACACACUGGAAGACUGUGUGCAUGUGAGUCAUGAUUGUAUGAGUACCAAGCAAGUGGAGAAGGUUAUCUGUGACGGGGAGCUGAAGCACACAGUCGGAGGCCUCGUGGGUGACCGUGUUGAUGAACAGCAAACACUCUGCAGGGACAGAAUUAAAGAUAGCACUUCUCAAGUCGCUCCUGGCUCGCAGGAGAAACAAGAUGGGGGAAAUGACAGAAAUAAGCUUGAUCAGCUUGCUAGUAAUGGGAAGCAAGAUGAUGCACAUGUGGUCAGUCAAGAGGAAGGUAACGUGCUGGACUCAAAAGUGAAAAUAACAGAUAAGGAUGUGAGUGCAGAUAGUGAGUGGAAAGAGAGUACAAAGAAUUCAGAGGCAGUUGAGGGUGUUGAUGAGACUGUGGGGGUGAUUGUUGAAAGGAUGCAUCAUCAUGACGGAGAAGAACGAGUGGGAGAAGAAAAGGGGGAAGAUCUUUGCAUCAGUCCUGCUGACUCUCAAACCGGUGCUCCACCCUCUCAACCUCCACGCUCUAGUGAUGGACUGACGACUCAGUCAGAACCACCUACAAUGGUGCAAGUGUUAUCAAACACAACUACCUCAAAUCCCACCAAAGCCCCCACUCCCUCACAGUCAGUUGAAGUAGAGGCUACAAAAGACACGAGACCUACUAUUCAUGGUGCUAAUCUUCAGUUCCCUUGCUCCUUAGCUGCUCCUGAAACAGGCCUGACCAAACUGGUGACACGAACUACGCCGGUAAUCAUCUGUAACGAGUUCCUGAAAUCAAGGGACUCGAGCCAGGCGCGACCACACCAACUGCACGUUUUAGAGGUUCCAUGUCAGACAGCUAGACGAGUUUUCACACCAGCAGAAAUGCAGACCAAAGAUAGUCAGCCCAAUCAAGAGCCAUUGGAGCACCACAAGCAAGAAGAGACUUCUUCACCAUCUAUGUCACGAGUCCCUCGGUUAAACACAACUGCCCUUACAGCUGAGAGUGCGCCCAACCUGGUUGAUGACAGCGUUGAUUUAGCAGUAAUGGAACAGGACUCAGCGCCAAAGCUCUCGAGUCGAUUUCUGGACAGUACCUUGUCAUGGUCCUGCAGCUCGGACAGCACACUGUCUGUUAAUACUGAGUCAGAAGAAGGGUAUGAAGAGUCUUGCUCCUCCAUUCUGUUGGGCUCAUGGGGUCCGGAUGGUGCCGAUUUGUCAUCUGGGAACUCUCCGAAGCAACGCAAGAAAGAGAGGAAGAAGCGGAACCAGUGUGGGACGUGUGAGCCAUGUCAGAAGAAGGUCAUCUGGGGACAGUGUAGCUGUUGCCUCGGUCGGAGUACCAGCUAUCACAUCUGUAAGCUGAGGAAAUGCGUCACCCUGGGGAAGCAAGGGUCUUCAAUGCUUCACGCCCUCUCUGCUGCACAAGUGGUUCCAGAAAGUGGUUCAGUAAAUGGCAGAGGCAAGGAACAGAUGGAUGACACCCAUGUGGCAGCACAGGAGGAUGAAGAGGAGGAAGGCAACAUAUCUCGUACAGAAUCUUCCCCCAUCAGCCGCUCACUCACCCACAACGUGGACUUAGAUAAAGCAAGGUGGUUAGCACUUAUGAAAAGAGAGCCCGGGCUGGAGCGGACCAGCAAUGCACUUCACCGACAUGUAUGCACUUCUGUGACAUCCCAGAAUUGUUCUGCUGAGAAACCAACAAGGUUUAAUGGUGCUAAUAUGACUGCCGGGUCGCAUUCUGAUACAAAGUCCCAAUAUCGAAGGGCUACGGUGGUAUCACAGCCUCACAGGACUAUAAUAGCUACAGUGCCUCAAAACCACUGUGAGAAUAGGCCCAAGACUACUCCAGGUGGACUGCCAGUUCCACUGAAGAAGAUUAAACUUGAGGAGCCGUGGGCGUGGAUCAGUGAACAUGCUGCCGGUGCCGAAAAUCAAAUCUGUGAAAAUGCACUGUCCACGUUGGCGGCCGUGGUUUGUCUUUCUGUCACAGAGAGGAAAGGACUGGAGGAAAAACUUUUCCACUCACGUUCUUCCAUUUUUCGUUCCAUCAAAACAGAACCCCAGGACUUGCACUUUGUCAAAAAAGAGCCAGAGGACUUAAAAAGUGACUUGCAUGAGAAAAGCACUCCUGUCAUCCUUCAAAGGACUUCCCAGCCUAUAAAAACUGAGCCCCACAUAAGUGUCUUGCAACCAAGUGUUCAGUCUUUAGCAGAGAGCAGAAAUCUCAGUUUCGAUCAAGCUGUCGCUAUUGAAGCCUUGACUCAGCUGGCAGCUAUACCUCAAAGCACCCCAGGAUCCUUUAAAGCCGAAAGAAAGGGUGACCAUCCCAUUUCUGUUACUGCAUCACGUACAGCUGCAGAUACAAAUACGCCACUGCAAAAUGCCGAAACUGCAGCACCUAUCCUCUACAACAAAGUCUCAGUUAUUAGCUCACCACAACACCAGACAUCGGAUCGCCCUCCUGUCGCCAGAAAACAAAUGUCCAUCCAACCAACUGGACACUGCUCGAACAGCCUGCAGGAAACAGAACAGGGCUGCAGUUCUCAUGUCAUCAAGUCAGAGUGCAGCUAUGAAGAACCCAGGGACAUGGGAGAAAGGCUCAGUAAGGACCCCAACCAACUGUUUCUGGAGGACAGGGAGAGGAGUGUUGGUAAAACAAGACGGAACAGGGAUGAGGAGGAGGUGGCAGUACAGCUGGCAGAUCUGGCCUUCAUCAUCCAAUCCCGUCACAAUCAGCGGUCAGAGAACAAUGAUCCAAAAGGGAAACCUGUCUCAGCCAUCAAAUACAUUUCCCAGCUACCCCCCAGUCAAAAAAAGGCUCUUGUUAAGAAAACUAAAGAUAUCCCUUCCAAACCGAGGAAGAAGAAAACAGAUGAUCGAUUAAAUGAUGGAAUCAAGUGCAGGACGUCACUCUUGAAGCGCUUGCCAAAUGGAGGGGUGGCCCAAAGAAGCAGAGGCCGGAAGAGUGUCCCCCAGGUAAAGUCAGGAGGCCUUCACCACAAGAGGAACCUGUUUCAUCCCAAGGCUCUAGACCUGAAGAGAUACUUGGCUGAGGCUCAGGAACAAAGAAGGCAACUCAUCCAUCACAGUAACACACACAAUGCAACCCCUGUUGGGUCACAAACCCAUAGCCACAGCACUGCACAGCCCACAAGGAUCAACCAUACUGGUGGCCAAGAAAACCAACCAUGGUCCUUUUCAAACGGCCCGCUCCACCAGCACAAUCCCUUUAAUGGUCUCUCUGCAGGCACCGGGCAGGAGUGUGAACAUUUGUUAUCUCAGGUAAUGCAGCCCUGUGAUGGGCUGCAGCAUGGUUCUGAUCCAAACCCCAGCAUUCUCAGCCAUACCUCUGGUUACCAAGGUCUGGCUAAUGGCAUCCCAAAGGCACUGCAGUCCCUGCCUCCAAGCCAGCAGGGUUACUACAAGCUGGAAACAUCAGGCCCUGGUCCUGUACUGUUAACUUCACAGGUGGGGACCAAUCACAAGGAGUCAACUCCAUCCAAGAACAGCGUCCACACCUUUUUGGAGUCUCCUAUGAGCUUUCUGGACACCCCAAUCAAGAAUCUACUCAAUACACCUUCCAAAAAACUGGCGGAUCUUCCAUCCUGUCUGUGCAUGGAUGAAAUCAUUGAAAAGGAAGAAGGCCCUUACUAUACUCACCUUGGGGCAGGGCCUAACGUUGCUGCAGUGAGAGAGUUGAUGGAGAACAGGUACGGUGCCAAAGGAAAUGCAGUAAGGCUGGAAGUUGUUGUGUUCACUGGCAAAGAGGGAAAGAGCUCCCAGGGCUGCCCCAUAGCAAAAUGGAUCAUCCGACGUGGCAGUGAAGAAGAGAAGUUGCUGUGUUUGGUCCGCCAGCGACCAGGACACUACUGCAAUGCUGCCGUGUUGGUCAUCCUCAUUCUGGCAUGGGAGGGAAUUCCCCGUCCCAUGGCAGACCAACUCUACCAGGAGCUUACGCAGACUCUCUUUAAAUACGGAUCCCCGACCAGCCGCCGUUGUGCCCUCAAUGAAGACCGUACGUGUGCAUGCCAGGGUUUGGACCCGAACACCUGUGGUGCUUCUUUUUCAUUUGGCUGCUCCUGGAGUAUGUACUUCAAUGGCUGUAAGUUUGCCCGCAGCAAAGUUCCGCGCAAGUUUCGUCUACUUGGAGACUACCCAGAGGAGGAAGAGAAACUAGAGAACAACCUGCAGAGUCUCGCGACUGACCUUGCACCACUGUAUAGGAAACUUGCUCCUGAAGCCUUCCACAACCAGGUAGAACAAGAGGCAGCAGGCACGGAUUGCAGGCUGGGCUUGAAGGUGGGACGUCCUUUUUCCGGGGUCACAGCCUGUGUCGAUUUCUGUGCUCACGCUCACAAGGACACUCACAACAUGAGUAACGGCAGCACUGUGGUUUGCACUUUAACCAAGGAAGAUAACCGUGCUGUGCGUAAUAUAGCAGAAGAUGAGCAGCUCCACGUUCUGCCAUUGUACAGGAUUUCUGAUAGGGAUGAGUUUGGUCAGGAGGAGGGCCAGUGGGCCAAGAGGCAAAGUGGCGCUCUGCAGGUUCUGUCAGCCUUCCCACGAGAGGUGCGUCUGCUGGCUGAGCCAGUGAAAUCGGCACGUAAGAGGAGGCAAGAGGCCCGUCUGAAAUCUCAGGCAGAGCGGCUGGAGAAGAAGCUGGGGCUGACCCCUGUCACUUCUGGGAAAGGUCCAAAUGAAACCGCCAACAAAGGUUUGAAAACUACAGAGCAGAGUUCUACAAUCAAAAGAGAGCCUCAAACCUACUAUGGUGCUUACAGACUACCACCUAGACCUGCCAGCGUCGGAAGGUACUUACCAGUAAGGAACCAACACAGCACUUAUAGUGAGACCACCAGCAGCUACUCCACUCCGGGUGCAGCGGUCGCCAUGCGGAGGGAGGCCAUCACCCCAAAUCACCUCGAUCUGCCUGGCCUCCAGUUUGGACAGAACGGAUCAGCUCUUAAUUACAAAAUUAUGAGAGGUGCUGUGAAUGGUUAUUCUCCAGCAUCCAAUGACCAGAAUGUACCCCAAAACCAGUUUGAGGAUCCAUUAGAAUGUAUACCUCCACGCAAUGCCCUUAGUGACUACCCUCACACUUUUAAACCUGAGGCCAACGAGAUGCACUGCUCUCCUUUGCGCAGACCCGCCCUGACCGGGAGUGCUCCUCCCUCCUCCUUCUCCUCACAAUCUACCUCUGAGGGCCUCUUCAGCAGGCUCAAUGGACUCCAUAGGGGAGCAGGAGAUGUCAAGUCAGGGAGUCAUGGCCUUGCACCACUGUCCUCUCUCCCCCUUCCUCCACAAAUAGCCCCUCUUGAUCCAGAAGAAGUUAAACAGGAAGAGGUAUGGUCCGACAGUGAGCACAACUUCCUGGACCGUGAUAUAGGCGGAGUCGCAGUGGCACCGUCACACGGCUCUGUCCUUAUAGAGUGUGCAAGGCGGGAGCUCCACGCCACCACUCCUAUCCUCAAGCCAAAUCGUGGCCACCCCACACGCAUCUCCCUGGUCUUCUACCAGCACAAGUCCUUAAACGAACCAGGCCACGGGAUGGCUAUGUGGGACGCCAAAAUGGCCAAGAGGGAAAGGGACAGGGCAGAGGAGGCUGAGCGAUUAGGGGCUGAGGGUGUUCAGAGCAAAAGGACGGGGAAGAAGGGAAAAGGAAAUGGAGGUGUAGAGCUAGAAGAGCAAAAAGACGAAGAAGCCGAGGAGAUGAAGAUGAUGUUGAAUGUUCCCACUCGUCAAGCGUGGACUCUUCCGAGAGACGGUGUGGUGACUGUGUCCCCUUAUGCUCUCACCCAAGUCACAGGCCCCUACAAUCGCUGGACUUAAGUCGACCUGUUUAGACGCAGACUCUUGACACCAUGUGUUUCUGCCUUACCUCAAACAACUUCAAACUGCUACUCUCAAUUUUAUGUCAUGUUUCUUUUCUUUUCAGUACGUUUUUCUAAUAUCUGUUUGAGUCACUUUGUCCUCCUUCAUCUCUGCCUUCAAUGUGGUGAGGAAGACCAAAGUUUGUUGGAUUCUUUUUUUUACUGUGAGUUUCGGUGUUGGUUUUUAUUCUAAAGAGAGGUGCUUUUUCAAGCAUUUUAAAGAUGUUUUUAAAACUGUUUUUUAUAUUCACAGAUAACAAAAAGAUGUGAUUAUUUAUUCUGAUCAUAACAAUUUCUAUUUAAUUCCUGGUGUAAGUCAGUUUACUGAAAGAUUUUCUAUGAUAACCUGCAUUCUGUGUUGGUGGCCAGAUGCUAUGUUACACACUAGGAUUAUGGUCUUUAUUUCAGCCAAUGCUUCUCUUUUCAUGAGAUGAUUUUUCUUGGUUUAUACUUUGGUGCCAUUCUCUUGUGCUCACCAAACAAACUCAUUGCUUCACUUACUACAAAUUGUCGUAUGUAGCAUCAUUUUUUUCCUUCUUUGCCCCUGACUUUCUUUUUCUUUGAGUCUGAUUUUUUUUUUUUACUUUUAUUCACAGAUAUGUAUGGCAUAUUAAGAAGCACUUUUUUUUUAUUUUCUUACACCUAACUUGAAAAGGUCCCAAUCUAUAGGCCUAAAUAUGUAUAUACAGAUAGAUAUGAAUAAUAUACAGUAUAUGACCUUUUCACAUUAAACAU